AUGUCUGCCAAGUCAAUCCUCGAGGCCGACGGCAAGGCCAUCCUCAACUACCACCUCACUCGGGCACCCGUCAUCAAGCCCACUCCUCUUCCCAAGCCCACCACCCACAAUGCUCCUCCCAGACUAGCAUCUCUUUACUUUCCUGAGGAUGCCGAUGUGAACGGCAUCUUGGACCAGGCUGAGGUCACCUACCCCUGGUUGCUCCAGUCCGGCGCCAAGUUCGUCGCAAAGCCAGAUCAGCUCAUCAAGCGUCGUGGCAAGAGUGGUCUCCUGGCCCUGAACAAGACCUGGCCCGAGGCCAAGGCCUGGGUUGCUGAGCGCGCCGGUAAGGAGCAGCAGGUUGAGCACGUCAAGGGUGUUCUCCGCCAAUUCCUCGUCGAGCCCUUCGUCCCUCACCCCGAGGGUACCGAGUACUACAUCAACAUCAACUCCGUGAGAGAUGGUGACUGGAUUCUCUUCACCCACGAGGGUGGUGUCGACGUUGGUGAUGUUGACGCAAAGGCAGAGAAGCUCUUGAUUCCUGUCGACCUCUCAGAAUUCCCUUCAAACGAGGAGAUUGCCAAGUCUCUGCUGAAGAAGGUUCCCUCUGGUGUGCACAACGUCCUCGUCGACUUCAUCUCGCGGUUGUACGCCGUCUACGUCGACUGCCAGUUCACAUACCUGGAGAUCAACCCUCUCGUCGUCAUCCCCAACGCCGACGCUACCUCUGCUGACGUUCACUUCCUCGAUCUUGCCGCCAAGCUUGACCAGACCGCUGACUUCGAGUGUGGUGUGAAAUGGGCCAUUGCUCGAUCGCCCGCUGCUCUGGGCCUUGCUGCUCAGUCGAGCGCCGGUGACAAGGUCAGUGUUGACGCUGGCCCGCCGAUGGAGUUCCCUGCUCCCUUCGGUCGUGAGUUGUCCAAGGAGGAGGCCUACAUUGCCGAGCUGGAUGCCAAGACUGGUGCCUCUCUCAAGCUCACCGUCCUGAACGCCAGCGGCCGUGUCUGGACCCUGGUUGCUGGUGGUGGUGCUUCCGUCGUCUACGCUGAUGCCAUUGCCUCGGCUGGCUUCGCCGACGACCUCGCCAACUACGGUGAGUACUCGGGAGCUCCCACCGAGUCUCAGACCUACCACUACGCCCGUACUGUCCUGGAUCUCCUGCUCCGUGCUCCUCUCGACAGCCAGGGCAAGGUUCUGUUCAUUGGUGGUGGUAUCGCCAACUUCACCAACGUCGCCUCUACAUUCAAGGGUGUCAUCCGGGCUCUCCGCGAGUACGCCAAGCCCCUCAAGGAGCACAACGUCCAGAUCUGGGUCCGUCGUGCUGGUCCCAACUACCAGGAGGGUCUCAAGAACAUGAAGGCCGCCACCCAGGAGCUUGGUCUCAACGCCAAGAUCUUUGGUCCUGAGAUGCACGUGUCUGGUAUUGUUCCUCUGGCUCUCGUCCCCGGCAAGUGGGAGGAGGCUCAGGCGGCUGGUAUUACUGAGUUCCAGGCAUAA